AUGGCAGCUGGCAUGGAUCAUCCUUUUGAGAAGCUGCCUGCCCAACACUCACCAUCACCAUGGCCUCUGUCUCCUGAGCUUGCCUGCAUCUACUUGGCACUCAUAUUCCAUGACAUUGAAGUCACCAUCACAGAGGAUAAGAUCAAUGCCCUCCAUAAAGCAGCUGGUGUAAAUGCUGAACCUUUCUGGCCUGGCUUCCUUGCAAAGGCCCUGGCGAACGUCAACAUCAGGAUCCUCAUCUGCAAUGUAGAGGCUGGUGGACCUACACCAGCAGCAGGUGCUGCACCAGCAGGAAAUCCUACUUUCUCUACCACUGCUGCUCCAGCUGAGGAGAAGAAAGUAGAAGUAAAGAAAGAAGAAUCUGAGGAAGCUGAUGAUUACAUGGGCUUUGGUCUUUUUUACUAA